UGAAAAUGUCACAACUGACAUUUUUGACACUGAUAGAAAGUCUAUCUGUAUUGGUAAAACAAUAUCAGAUUAUUUAAAAUAUCUUUCUUUUUCAGAAGCAACUCGUGAUACAAAUCAAUCGUACCCAGAAUCAACGCACCUUGAUCGUUUGGCCUGUUGCUAUGGGGACGAUUAGACCGCGUGUUGUUUGUCUGGCAUCAAGAGACAGGAUAAGUGAACCCACUGUAGAUUGGAGAUCUAACUUGUGCUAGUUAGAGCUAACUAGCUUGCAUAACGCCGUGUCGCAGGCUCAGUACUGUAGUCCUGGACUGGCCGAACUGGUCAAAUAACAAGACGAAAAACAUUGAAACUUGUCGAGAGUCAAGUUUAGCCCAAGUUCAAUGGCUUAACUAGCUAGCUACUGUAACAAAGCGUAGUUGGAGAGUUUGACUGACCUCUUCACAUUACUGUAGAGCUACGUUAUCUUUACGGCCUUCCAGGGAGUGUUCUAGCUAUAUAUCAACAAGUCUGGGUAUAUUCUUCCUUCACAACAUGUCAUGAAAAAUGACAACUAGACUUAUUGCCUCAUUCAAUGUGUUGGACGAACACUCUAAGAAGAUCCUGGCUAAGCAUGCACGGAAUCGCUUUUUUAGUUAUACGCCCAGAUCAUUGCAGGGCUCCCGCAACGAGCCAGACCUUCCACUAUGUCAUAGCUAUGACUCAGACUUCGACUACCCUAGCUCGAGGAGAACCCCCAUUUCCGAACCUAAAACUAAGACUGAGAUCAUCAAAGAGGAGCAGGAACUCCUGCAUAGUAAACUAAGAUCCAAGUUUUCAGUACCCCCACCGUCCAUCACUGAAGACUGCUGCUGCAGACCGGACAAUGCCAUCAACGGCAGAGUGAGUGUCCUGCCCUUCACCUGCCCAGGGGAAGUCUCCUGGAUGAGGGAUGCCCAGAGGACAGAGGGGCUGAGGAGAGACCAGGACUCUGAGGGCUUUAUGAUCCUAACUUUGAAAAAAAGAAGUAAACCCACCUACCGGUCUGCAAACCAUCCCCCCCAGAGACUUAAGUGGUCCAGAGAGGUGGAAAAGGUUCCUCCUUUGGAAGCGGACAGUGAUGGCAGCAAGGCAAUGGUGGGUGGAGUUCUGGGAUACACAGACACGUCUCACUGGUGCACCUCUCCAUCCCACCAGGACACCCCUCUCACGGCCUUCAUAGAGCUAGAGGAGGACCAGUUCUCCAUGUCAGAGUCUGUGGGGAAGGUGGUUUGCCAGCAGCUUCAGCGCGGGAAUAUUGUCAGAGUAUCCACCAACCGAACCCCCAGGAGCAGAGAGUAUCCAGAGAACGAUGCACAGAGAGAGAAGCCGUCUGCGUGGGGGGCGGAGCCUGCUGCAGUCUCAGUCCCUCUCAGCCUCGCGGACGAGCUGGAAAGGUGUGUUAAACUGCUCUCUCCGCGGCCUCCUUCUGUUUAUGUUCCCCUUCCGAUAGUCAGCGAGACGUAUCCAGUCGUGUGCACCUCUGAGCUGCUCCCCCAUGAACCCUUCAGUUCCCCCAGCCUCCACCACCUGGACCCGUCUGAAAACAGCGCCCCCUGCAGGACUACAGUCCUCUCUGCCAUCGUGCGCAUCACUGACUCCCUCCAGACAAAGACUAUGGUCAGGAGGGGAAGAGAGCGAGAGAGGCUGAGGGCCUGGCCCCAGAAGCUUUUCUCAGGAAUGUACAACGUUGGCCUCAAAACGCUCUCCGCUGACGGGAACGUCAGUCAAGAUAGAGACCUUGGAAAGGUUCCUCUGCAUAGCAGUCAGCCACCAUCCAGCAGAGGGAACCAUCUAUUGCCUUUGGUUGCUUCACCAGUCCCCUUGACAGCGCCCCACAGGCAGACUGAUGAUGUAGGGACGGUGCUCAAUGGAGUCAACCCAAAGCAAGGUAACAGUGGUGUCCAUCCUCCCAAUGACCUCCGACACCAUGCUCACCGGACCAGAAAGAAACUGACUACCAACCUGUUCACACCCAGCCAACACGGAGAACCGGCAACCGGGCGAAAUAACAAAAAGGACUUCCUACACAUCUCUAAGCCCCUUAGGAACAGAAACACAAGCCGGUUUGUUCCUAAGCAACGGCCCUACAAGGAACAGCUUAUCGAUCAACGGCAGAUGUGUAAUAACUCCACCAUGUCGCAGGUCGAUGACAUCAAUAACGUGGGUGUGUAUGGAGUGAACUUCUUUGCGUCCCGACCUAGCAGCAGGGUAGAGUACAAGUACCAGGCCCACUGUACAGGAGAGGUGCUGCCUCUUCUGAAGGCCUCCGUGGGCCCUCCAGCCUCCUCCCAGCUCUCAGACCGCCACUCCGAGGGCUCAGGAACUCAGAAAAACCGAGCAGGAUAUGCAAGGACAGACUGUACUUUCACCUCAAGUUCUCCCUACGACCCGGAGCAAGCUGUAAACAUUCCCACGGCCGAAUGCGUGGAUUUACUUUGAAUUUUGAAGGAACCUCAAUUUAAAUGUAAAA